ACGUUCUCACUAACGUUCCCACUAAUGUUCUCAUUUACAAAAGUAUUGCAGCGCUUCCCAUUGCUGUGCUUCGUUCGCAUUAGUCCUCAUAAUUUGAAAGACAUGCAAUUCAGACUUGUUGACAUUCAAGGAGAGCCUGUAGAACUGAAGGCACCAGUGCGAAUGACUGUUGAAGUUGACUUUUUAGAAAAUAUUAAAUGCAACAGCUUACAAGAGAACUCAGAGCUAAAAAUAUAA